CAUUAGAACAAGGUCCAGAGCCAUCUUAGCCAUCGUCUGUCCCAUGCAGUAACUACUAUAAAGAAAUCACUGAAAGCAUAGCAAGCAUGUGGUCUAAAUACCAACCAGAUCAGUGUGAUUCUGAUACGCUUUACUUAAAACCUCACCUGUUUUUCAAGUGGUUCUACUUUCUGUCGCAAGAAGUGCAAAAAAAAAAGUUUUUAUUAUGGAAAACGUACCCUCAAAAGUCGCUUCCAAAGCGUAUGUGUAUCGUAAGCUCAGAGAGCUUCCAUUCACUGGUGCUUUGAGUAAAAAGAAGUUUAAUUCUUUAAGAGAAGAAACAUUGCAGUCAAUCAAUUCCAACAAGACGUUUGCCCCAGGAAAAAAACUAACCAAGCUUACUCCUCAACAAGUAUCAGUAGUUCAAAAUUUUAUUGAUACAGUUAAAACAAGAAUACAAGAUGGCACAUUCACUCCUGCUAAAUACACUGACAAAAGAGGAUGUCGCUUUUUUUCCAUUGCACCUAUAUAUUCCGUUCAGACAAAAUCAAUCCAAAUCGAUGCUCAAGCUUUUUGGAGACUGAUGAAACAAUGUGGCAUACCAAAUUACCCGAAAGGGAAGAAAACCGAAUCUGACUUGACUGAUUUUUACUAUCAUUUGUUCAAUUUUAAACAAAACACUUGCAACAUCGUAUGGAAUCGUGAUAUCAUGGCUGCACACAAUAUCUUUGACAUAUUUCUAUUCGCUGCAAGAAAUAACAAUCAGCGUCUUGAUGUUUCCAUACGUCAAGGUACAUCUAAUGACCAACCUUCCGUAUGAUUGAUAUGACUCUCUCAUACGUCCUUACGAUUAAAAGAAUAGGGUUCAUACGCCCUUACAGUCAUCUUUGACUAGUAUAUCUGUUGACUAUAUUUUAUUAAUAAAAUAAAUAAUACUACAGUAUAAAUAGG